AUGUAUUCAGCCCAGGCCACCUCUGUCCUCCACGAGAUGCUCCAGCAGAUCUUCCGCCUCUUCCACACAGAGCGCUCCUCUGCCGCCUGGGACACCUCCCUCCUGGACAAACUCCACACUGGACUGCAUCAGCAGCUGGAGGACCUGGACGCCUGCUUGGUGCAGGCGAUGGGAGAUGAAGAAUCUGCCCUGGGAGUGACGGGCCCUACACUGGCCAUGAAGAGGUACUUCCAGGGAAUCCACCUCUACCUGAAAGAGAAGAAAUACAGUGACUGUGCCUGGGAAAUUGUCAGAGUGGAAAUCAUGAGAGCCUUGUCUUCAUCAACCAACUUGCAAGAAAGGAUAAGAAUUAUGGAUGGAGACCUGGGGUCACCUUGA